CCGAGGCUCAACUGUGAGACACACCAACUCCUCUCUGCCUGUGCGUCCAAUCAGCGGGAGCUCUGCAGAGCCUUUCUGUUGUAAUUGGAUGGAAAUGGAGAGGAAUACGCAGGCUUGGCACAACGUAAACACACGCUCGUCUCCUUCGCUCUGUAGAGGACGCACCGGGUAGAGCAGAUGCAGUGAACGAAACAACCGAGAGGACAGCAGACGCUUUAAAUGUUUUUGUUUUUUAGUCGUUUAGUCUAACUCGAAGCGUUUAUAUCAGACGUGAAUAGGCAAGUUUGUGUAUCAACUCUUCAGUUUUCACGGAGCAAAGAAGGCUGUUUUUUUCAUAGGCGAUCAUUAAGUCUGUGGAUUACGCACGCCGGAGCUCCCGGGACAGAGAAAAGUUGUGAAACUAUCGUUUUGGCGCACAGGAAUACGUAAGAAAGCAUGUUCUGCCACACUGCUUACAGCAAACGCAUGCUGCUUAACUGAAAAUAUAAUCUACGUCUCAAUGGAGUGAUUUGGCACUUUUCCCCCACUAAUUGGGCAAAAAGAGAAAAAGAAAAGAAAACUCGCUUAGAGUGAAAUUGACAUAAUUUAUUCAUGGAUUAGAGCAAAGACUAUUUAAAAAAAUUUUUUUUUAACUCAAACACAAGAAAAGAGAAAUAAGAGAUAUAUGAUUUGGGGAAUGGCAACUGCCACCUCAAGCCCAUACCUAGCCAGCAGCAGGAUUUUAUCCAGCCCGGUCCUUCACUCUGACCGGAGGGGUGGUGGUAUGCAGUCGGGCGGCACCGCUGUGACCACGGUGUCUAGUGGAUACAGAGGGGACCCUUCAGUGAAGAUGGUGCAGAGCGACUUCAUGCACGGAGCCAUGGUAGCAAGCAACGGGGGGCACAUGCUAAGCCAUGCCCACCAGUGGGUGACAUCGUUGCCUCAUACAGCAGCCGCAGCGGCCGCCGCUGCAGCGGCAGCAGCGGAGACCGGCUCUCCGUGGCCCCCGAGUUCCCAGCCGCAGGAAGUAAAGAGAAACGCCGGCAGGGAUGACCUCCACUCGGGCUCAGCCCUUCACCACAGGUCUCCGCAUCUAGGACCUCACCAGGCGCACACGGGAAGUUGGGGGGGCACCUCCACUGCGCACAUCAGCAUCACUGAGGGGGAGCAGCAGCAGCAACAGUCCCUCAUUUACUCCCAGCCAGGCGGAUUUACAGUCAACGGGAUGCUGAGCUCACACACCGGGCAAAGCCUCAUGCACUCGGGGCUGGUGCGCGGAGAAUCCCCUCGACUGGACCACGGCAGCCACCAUCACCACCACCACCAUCAUAAUCAUCACACGCACCAUCACCAGCAUCACGGUCUGGGCCACGAAUCGCAUUCAGACGAGGACACCCCUACGUCCGAUGACUUGGAGCAUUUCGCCAAACAGUUCAAACAGCGGCGGAUCAAGCUUGGUUUCACCCAGGCAGACGUGGGCUUAGCUCUGGGCACUCUGUACGGCAACGUGUUCUCACAGACCACCAUCUGCAGGUUUGAGGCGCUUCAGCUGAGCUUUAAGAACAUGUGCAAGCUGAAACCUCUGCUGAACAAAUGGCUGGAAGAGGCUGAUUCCACCACUGGGAGCCCGACCAGCAUCGAUAAGAUCGCCACCCAGGGCAGGAAGAGGAAAAAGCGCACUUCCAUCGAGGUGAGCGUAAAAGGCGCACUGGAGAGCCACUUCCUCAAGUGUCCCAAACCUUCGGCACAGGAGAUCAACUCUUUGGCGGACACUCUGCAGCUGGAGAAAGAGGUGGUCAGGGUUUGGUUCUGCAACCGCAGGCAGAAAGAGAAGCGCAUGACGCCGCCGGGACUUCCGCGCACUCCGGAGGACGCAUAUUCACAAGUGGGUAGCAUUGGACCUGAUACACCGUCUCCCUCCAUAGAGUGCAAGAGGUUGUUCAGCGAUACGUGAAAGUGCCCCAAAAUAACGGACAUGAAACACGAACAACAUCCUCUGUUUUAUAGACAUUUGUCUCAAUGAAACCUUUGAUUACCUUUUUAUUCGCCACCAUUGAUC